GGAAAGUAAGGUGCAUCAAUAUAUCAGGCUUUCAUCGUGUCGGGUUACAGGCUGAGAUUGAGCCACAUAUUACCUAGAAACUUGCCUUCACCUCCGUCCGCCACGUGUUCGAAUACUUACUCCACUCUCUCAUUCAUUGUUUCCGUUUGUUCGAAACUUCUCAAUCAUCUCUAUCUCUAAUUAAUUAAUAAAAAUAAACAAACAAAUCCCCAUAAUUUGAUUUCUUUCGUCGGUUUAGCCGCUUUCUGGAAAAUCACUGCAUAUUUCUUCAUCAUGUCUCGCUUGAAUCAAGCUCGAUAUUUUCUCUCCCUAUCGCAAUCUCUGGCGAUGUAUAGAAGUUGCAGAUUUCUGUCUACAGAGUCUGCAGGUGUUAAUGGAGGCAUUAAAGUUGAGGAAGCAGAAACAGUAAAUGUUCCACCUCCCUCUUCGGAGAAGCUACUUGUUUUUGGAGGCAAUGGAUUUGUUGGCUCACAUGUUUGCAAAGAAGCUUUAGAACGUGGGUUGUCUGUCUCAAGUAUAAGUAGAUCUGGAAGGUCUUCCAUAAAUGAACCUUGGGCUGAUAGAGUUAGUUGGCAUCAAGGAAACCUCUUUUCACCCGAAACAAUUAAAGAUGUACUGGAUGGAGUUACUUCUGUUAUAUCCUGUGUUGGUGGCUUUGGUUCUAACUCAUACAUGUACAAGAUUAAUGGUACUACAAACAUGAAUGCUAUUAGAGCUGCUGCAGAGAAAGGAGUGAAGAGAUUUGUUUAUAUCUCUGCUGCUGAUUUUGGUGUGGUCAAUUACCUACUGCAAGGUUACUACGAAGGAAAGAGAGCAGCUGAAACAGAGCUAUUAACUAAAUUUCCUUAUGGAGGUGUCAUUUUGAGGCCUGGAUUUAUUUAUGGAACACGCCAGGUUGGCAGCAUGAAGUUACCUUUAGGUGUCAUUGGAACUCCAUUGGAGACGGUACUUCAAUAUACAAAGCCAUUGACUAAAAUUCCAUUGAUUGGUCCCCUGCUCACUCCUCCUGUCGAUGUUGAUGAUGUUGCAAAGGUUGCCGUCAGGGCUGCAACCGAUCCUGUUUUUCCACCCGGCAUUGUUGAUGUUAACGGAAUAUUACGCUAUAGCAGGCAGAGGAAAAAGUAAAAUGUCAAUCUUUUAGACUACUCUAUCCCUUUGAGAUUAAAGUUACUAUUGAUAAUAAUAUUUUUUCUUAUAAUGUCAUUAACAGUAAUAAUUUUAAAGUAACAAUCUUAAAGGAACAUAAAGAAUAAAAUCUUACAAGCUUUUUGCUUUUGUUUCACACAAAAA